CAGUCAGUUAGAUGUCAGUGUCAAACUCAGCACAACAGAAAAAGCGGUGACGAAUGUUCUUGAAAUAUUCGAUCGCAAGUUUCCUACGCAGUUUUGAUUUCAAUUGCAGUUUGUAGAAUUUUAUUUGGUCAAAAUUGUGAUCAAGUAGUGCUUAAAAAUGUCUUUAAACACGGCCCACGCAGAUCAUGGCGUCCUGAUACAUGCAGGGGAAGCCAUCAUCCUGUUCUCCGACAAUGUCAUGGUCGACUUCUAUGGCAAUGACACUCCUGAGUUCAAGGGGAGCAAGAAUGGGCGCAUGUACCUCACUACACACCGUAUGAUAUACAACUCCAAGAAUGUCUCAGACAGCCUGAGGUCAUUCAGCUUUCCCUUCAUUGCUCUGCAAGAUGUAAAUGUGGAACAGCCCAUGUUCUCUGCAAACUUCAUCAAGGGCAAGGUGCGGGCCCAGCCCAAUGGAAACUUCAUUGGAGAAGUGAAAUUUAAACUGGUGUUCAAGUCGGGAGGAGCCAUAGAGUUUGGGCAGGCCAUGCUGAAAGCCGCACAUCUUGCAUCCCGGCACGGCACGCCGGGCGCCGCGCCGCCGCCGUACACGCCGCCGACGGGCCCGUGGCACGCCGCCCCGCCGCCGGCCUAUGCGCCGCCGCCGCAGGGCUACUACGGAUGGGUGCCACCUUACACUGCGUUCCCAGACCAGCCGCCGCCGAACUCCGUGUUCGUGUCCAACAGCCCGCCGCCGUACCCCGGCGUGGCGGGCGCGGGCUACCCGGCGGGCGCGGGCGGGCUGUCGGGCGCCGCCGCCGCCUCGCCGCCCCCGCCCGGCUACCCCGGCGGCUUCGCGCCGCCGCAGGCUAACGGCAUGUCGCCCAAUGAUGCCAAAGCCGCCGAGGCGGCCCGAAGCGCCUACUAUGACCCUAACAGGCCCCAAACCGCCUACGUUCCGCCGCCGUAUGAUCAGCCCCCGAGCUAUCAAGAAUCUACGUCGAAGAAAGAAAAUUAAGGCACUGUCCGCACUUCCACCUCGGGCAGGCGCCGCGGCCCGCGGGCGCCGCGCCGCUGCCCGAGCCCUGCUGCAGCACGGACACCGUACUGUAACCCGAGCCCGGUGUGCGACUAUUUUCUAAAUACCACAAUUUUAUAAGACCACUUUCUAUUCUACUUAUAAUUUAGGCACAAACAUUGAUUUCGUUUAUUAUUAAUCAACUCCGACUAAAUAUCGACCGAUAAAAUAUCGACUCUUGUCGCUUAAAUUUUCUUACUAUACAACCUUCAUCUUCAACGAUAAAUUUCGAGUCUAGUACCAAGAUGGCGAAAUAUAUAUAUGUACUUUGGAAGCUGUGUUGCGCCUACGCUCUCGCCUCUAAAUAUCACAAUCACGGUGACAAAAUGAUAGCUGAACUCUGAAAGCGUGUUUAGACAUCAGAAAUAGUAGACAAAUAAAUAUAUUUAAUAGAAUUGAUCAUCCGAGAUCCUUGUAUUAGGUAGAAUUAUGAAUUUUGUGGUAUUUUGAAAACGAGCACUACUGAUCUCAAUUGAACCUGGUACACUGAAGGUAUAUAAAUCCAGCGUAGCAUAGUCAGUAUUUCUUAAUGUACGCGAGCGGCAGAUAUGCUAGGUCAGUAUGCACCUUGACGUAAGUACCUAAAGAAAUUGGAUACCAAACUUCUCAACACAUUCUCUUUCUUUAGUGUUCGUGGACGAAAUACUUUCUUUUACUCUAGUGUUCGUAGACGGAAUAACUUGCCCGAUGUUAUGAUCGUUCUAUUGACAAUAAGUAGUCAUCUAGCGGUACCAAAGCAAUACCUUAUAAUUUGCGAGCCUUAUUGCAAUUAGAUAAGAUCGUCGCAGCCCCUUCUGCGUAUUUACAUACUAAGUACAGCUGCAAAAUUGCAUGGAGAAAUUAUGAAUGAAUUCAUUGUAAAGUCGCCAUGCACUUUUACGGCUGAUGGUACAUUCACUACUUACGCAUUUGAGUAUACCGGCAAUUCAAAGUUUUGGAACAACUGGCGAGAAUUCACAUUCUGUAAAAAACAGAAGGGCCACAUAUGUUUAUCGCGUCCAGUCAUACUGUCCUAUGAACUUCUUACAGGUUCAAUCGAGAUCAGUGUCAUUUAACCUCGUAAGGCCCAAGGUCCUUCCUAUAGGACUUAUAUUCAGUUCAAUGUAAUUUAAACCAUAUUCAAUUGGAACAGAGUUGCAUUUGUUUUGUUUCGUUACAUUUUCAAAUAAAAUAAAAUCGCCCUGCACUUUACGUUCAAAUUUCAAUGGCAAAUCUUGGAUUUUUCAUUUGUAUGACUGGGCCUUAGGAGGAUAAACUAUAAACUUCCCAAACGUUACAUUCCUUAUAAUCGUUACUUCUCUCGGUUGGCUCUGAUUGUGAGAAGAUGAAAGAAGAAAGCACUAUUUGUGCCGUUCUUAGUUGUGAGGACGAAGUUAUCAAUAAACGAGAUACAAAUUCGCGAUUGUAUCUACUCGUUACAAAUAGAUGUCAACGCAAUAUUAUACAAAGUAUUCGAAAUUCGUGUAUGACUGAUUGUUGUAGAAAAAAAAUAUAUAUUAUAGUUAUUUUACGUUAAACAAGUUUUAUUUGUUAAUUUUGAAUGUGCCUGUACCUUAGAACUUACUAUUGAACAAUAUUCACAAUCUUCUGGUUCUAUUAAAUGCUAUAAGUAAUAUUACAAAUAAUAAAAGUUAUAUUUAAAUAUCAGGCUUUAACUGUUUUUUGUAUUGUAUUGUGUAUCUGUAGUGUUAAUAAAAAUAAACAGUAUUGCUUUAA